UAAAUACUUAUGUAACGUAGUUUCAUUAUUCGUUAUCAUAUCUUAUCUUUGUUAUUGUAUUUUGAUUUAUGUGAACAAAUUAAAUUAACCGCUCGUCAUUAAUUUCUCUAAGAAUAUUAACAAAACUACAAAUUAGAUUCAAUCUGAACUCGAAUUUAAUUAGGACACAGAUCCGAAUAGUCGACUACGAUUGGAUUUGAAAAAUUGACGCAUUUUGGCGGGAAUCGUAUGACAGCUUGAAGGUUAGACGCUAUCGGUCUCCGUUCGAUACAAUUAUUGUUACUGUCCUCCUAUUUGAUUGUCAGUUAUACUCUUCUUUGAGUGACAUUAUGUGGUGUACAACUCCCGAAAUUUCGUGGCACAAUCGUGAUCCAGUUCUGAGUAUCGACGUACAGGCUGGUAUUUACGAAACAUCGAAAGGUGAAAAAUUCUGGCGUGUUGCUACCGGCGGUGCAGAUUCACACGUUUUGAUAUGGUAUUUGACGACAAAUGAAACCGGCGGGGCAGUUGUGAAAUGCGUAACAGAUUUAGAACGACAUCAAAAAGCAGUGAAUGUCGUCAGAUUUUCACCUUCGAAAGAGAUUUUAGCCUCUGGAGACGAUGAGUCAACCAUUGUUUUGUGGAAACGAAAGGAAGACUGUGAGUUUCACAUUGUUUCCGAGGAGAAUAUGGAGCAGUGGAUUUCUUGGAAGGUAUUAAGAGGACAUUUAGAAGAUGUUUAUGACAUCAGUUGGUCCCCAGACUCUAACAUGUUGGUCUCGGGUUCUGUAGAUAAUACAGCUAUCUUAUGGGACAUUCAUAAAGGACGUUCCACAGCUAUAUUAUCGGAACACAAAGGCUUUGUGCAAGGGGUGUCGUGGGAUCCUUGCAAUCAAUAUAUAUGCACGAUAAGCACAGACAGGAUGUGUCGUCUAUUCGAUAUAAGUACGAAGAAAACAGUGCAGAGGGUUUACAAAGCCAAGAUUCCAACACCCCCGGAUCAUCCAUUGAAAGAUAAGACAGUAAGAUUGUUUUACGAUGAUACAUUUAAGUCUUUCUUUAGAAGAUUGACAUUCUCUUUGGAUGGACAGUUAAUUAUUGUACCAUCCGGUAUAAUAGAUCCGUUAGAAACUACAGAAAGAAUAUCCAAUGCAACCAUAGUCUUUUCAAGGCAUAAUCUAAAAAAGCCUCUCAUGCUUCUACCCUCUUUAGAUGAAAGUACCAUAGCUGUAAGGUGUUGCCCUACAUAUUUUCAAUUACGAAAGGAUGGUCCAAUUCCCAUGAUAACGCUGCCCUAUAGAAUAGUGUUCGCCGUUGCUACACAGCAUUCUGUGUUGAUAUACGAUACUCAACAGAUAUCGCCGAUCGCUGUGAUAUCGAAUAUACAUUACACCAGAUUAACCGACGUUUCUUGGUCGAGCGAUGGUAAAAUACUGGUAGCGUCGUCAACGGAUGGCUACUGCUCUAUUAUACACUUCCAAAACGGAGAACUCGGCGUGGAGUAUAAAGAUGAGAACAAAAUCCCGGUGAAAUGCGUUGAAAGUAGUAAUGCGAAAAAGUCUUUCGGUUCAAAUAAUACUGAGAACGUUUCUAAAUGCUUGUCUUCCAUCGACGUAGAUAGCAACGCGAUGGACAUUGAUAUCUCGGCUUGCGAGAAAUUCCACGAUUCUACCAAGAGUUCAGGAAGCCAGGAGUUAGAGAAGAGUUCAGAGAACAAGAAGUUAGAUAAAAAUAAGAAAUCAGAUAAUGUUACGGAACAAAAAGUGGACAGUAAAAUCGAGACCGAAGAAACCGAGGAUAUUGAAUUAGUUUACAGUGAAGACAGUACUAGCAGAAGUGUUAGCACAAAAGUUAACGUGAAAAUUACACCGAAAAAAUCAAAUGCUCCGCAAACCGUGCUUGUUAAAAUCCCACGGAGAGUGCAGUUGAUUACUCUGUCAAGCCCGAAAGGGAAUAAAAAAUAGAGAUAUGCCGAAUUAAUGCAGUGAACGCAAGCCGUGCAUACAAUGCGGAUGUUAUUUUUAUACUAUCGUCUUUGUUAUAUUAUAUAAUAAAUUGUAGGUCGAUGUCCGGAGGUUCGACUUUUAUUUUAAGGGUUUAAAACAAUUUGAAAAGUACAUUUUCAUGAACAACAGCACGGUCAGUCUUUUAUCGCUCCGUUGAAUUGUUUUAUGUUAGUGGGCGGGCCGUGUUUGUCUGCCUUUAGAAGCGUAAUCUCCGUGUACAUACAUUCAUGCGACAUCUAUAUAUACAUGAACACUAAUUCGCACGAAUGCUAUAGCUUCGGGUUUGUCACCUGCGAAGGCUUGUGCUGGUAUUAUAUACUUGCGAGUAUUAACAUGGCGUAUCGCAGUGAUCUGACUGUCCGCUGAUGCAGACAGUGGUCGCAUCGCGGUACGUUCUGACACGUUUUCUAUCCUCACAUCAGCAACGAUGGUGAGUGGUUCACUAAUAAAUAAUACACUCCACAUUUUUUACUACGA